AUGUCUAUUGCUCUGGGUGUAUACGAAAUUCGAGGACUAGCUGACGAUGCCGUUUCAAUCUACCAUCCCGCAUCACCGUCCCUCGACCUCGAAGGGGGAAACACUCUUGCCAGUGGUAGCCUGUUGAACCCCCAUAUCUCUACCGAUCAGCAGUACCCUUAUGCCAACCUGCUCGCUUCCGAACCGCCCAACCAUGCCCCUUCGCAGUAUGGUUCCUCUCUCGGUGGCACGCCCACGUACCAGUCCUAUCAUCAGGACAAGGACUAUAUUAACAACUCUUUGGUCGGGGCUUCUCAUUCACUAGCCUCUCAGAACACUGCUGGGCGAGCGCAAACUGCCAGGCAGCAUCAUCGCGUCCACCCGUACCAGACCUCUACUGCCGACGUCUUGAGCCGCCAUACUUCUGCCAAAGCCCACUGGGACGAUGUCUCCUCUCCCGACCAAGAUAUCUCUACCCAUUUCCGAUCCGCCAACUCUUCAGCUGCCAACACUCCCGCUGCUGGGCCUUCCACAACUACUACUGCGGUCAAUACUCCCAACAGCAUGGCCAAGCCAUCUGGGAGAUCUGGCCAGAAACGUCGGCAAAAGUACACGCGUACACGAACGGGCUGCCUUUGUUGCCGAUCCAGACGUAUCAAAUGUGAUGAGACCAGGCCUAUCUGCAAGCGAUGUGUCAUUGCGAAAAAGGAGUGCGUCUAUCCCGAAGGCGUCCAUGGAAGCGGAAACAUUAGUUCUUCGAGAGAAGACAAGAAGGGGAAGGGAAGGAGUAGCGGUGAGGAUAGCGAAAGCGAGGCCGAUAUGAGCAGGUCACGGCCUGGUACACGACCCGGAAGUCCCAGUGGAGCAUUCUUCCCGCCUCAGACUGCUCUUGCUUAUCCAUACGGAGGCUCGAGUCGUGCAGGCGGAAGCAACGCAUUUGACGGCUCCGCGCUCAAUGUGGCCCCAAUAUCGGGCGGUCUUGUAGGGAGCUCAAUGGGUGGAGGGAUGGGUCUCAUGGAGAUGGGCCUCAACAUGAACCUGGGCAUGGGGCAGCAGAGCCCUUCGGAUGGCUCUGCGCUGAACGUGGGCCGAGAAGGCUUUGCGGCAGAUGCUUCCAAACAGGCUUGGGGCGCUGACCAAGGUGGUGCUCCCAUGUUGGCCACUCCCGACUUUCUACUUCCUUGGUUUCCCACCGCAGAGGAGAGGAGUUUGAUCCUUCAUUAUUGUGCGAACGCCGCUUCACUCAUGAUGGCUAUACCCAGCGGCCUCAACCCUUUGCUCGCCAUCAAUCUCCCUCUUGCUCUCGACUCUCCAAGAGGGAUGAAUCCUUCAGCAGAUGCCCUUCGUGUCGCCCUACUCGGCAUCGGCGCCAUCCACCAAGCUUUCCUCCUCGCCAGAUCGGGCGUAUCCAACUCGCAGACUGCUGCAAUGUUCCAAUACGCUUCCACUCUUCGAGAGACAGGCAAAGAGAUGGUCCGCCGGGCUGCUAGAACGGGUGCUACCGACGCUGCCCUCGGUGCCAGUACUGCUCUUGCCACAAUUGACAUCUUUUUCGGUGGUGCCAACUGGCAAGACAACUUUACUCUUGCCAAGGAGAUGGUCAGCACUCGAGGCGGUCCCUCGCAAAUGCUCAAGGACAGUACGCCCACAGCUCUCAGCGAGGGUGUCACCGUCAGCCCUGCUCGACUCAUGCUUGAGAUUCUCGCCAUCUACGAGACUUUUGGCUGCCUGACUUCGGGCGACGAGCCCACCAUGAUCCCUGAACACGGCCAGAACUGGUGGCUUGAAGCAAACAGAUCGAUGUACGAGGAACACUCUGUUGAGAAGCAGUUUGGCAUGUCUCGUGUCAUGGUCUUGCUUUUGAACAGGCUUACUCGAUUGAUAAACCGAGUGGCCAAAGCGGGUACCAUCAUCACCGAGCAGGCUCCAUCCACCAAUGCUGGUUCCAACUCUUUCGUCCCUACCCCUAGUUCGACCCCUGAUGAAGUGCUCAUCAAGGAGGCUCGUCAGUUGAACAAAGACGUCGAUAUUUGGAUCGAGAGCUUGCAGAUGAGUACCCUGGAGCACGAGAGGGUACAGGUCGGCAACAGAGCAUAUGCGCAUGCUAUGAAGAUCCUUCUCUUGCGCCGUAUCUUUAAAUACCCCCAAGAAGAUGCGCGCGUUCAACGUGCUGCUCAACAAGUGCUCCAGCAUUGCUCUUGGUCUACCGCGGCCCUCGGCAUGUCCAUCGACCUGACUUGGCCUGCUAUCAUCGGAGGCUGCUGCGUCGAUGGCUCUUCUCGCCAAUGGGUCACCACCCUACUCGAAGGGUUCAAGUCACAAUGCUGCUUUGACAUUGAUUCGGCUGCCCGAAUCAUCAGUGAGGUCUGGAGAAGAGUAGAUGCUGGGGAGAGAAGGGCGGAUUGGAAGGAGGUCUGCGAUGACCUCGGUCUUCACGUCUUGUAA